CGCCCUCGCCAUCCCUACAACACAUCUCAUCCCGCCGCCUGGGCUCCCUGCUUUGCCCCCGCCUUCCCAGCCAGACUGCCAUAUUCGCACGUCGGCAACGCUGAUCUCUGACACCUGCUCCACAGCCCAUCCCGAACACUCGAUCCCAAACACUCGAUCCCAAUGGCCAAAGCCAGCACCCUGGGCGUGUGGCUGUUGCUCGCCACUUUGGCCUUCGUCGCCAGAGCCGCAAACGUUACCGUGAACUGGGAUAUCACCUAUGUCUACAACGUCAACCCCGACGGCCUCGCCGCACGCUGGGUGAUCGGCGUCAACGGAUCGUGGCCCAUCCCCGCCAUCAAUGUCACCGAGGGCGAUCUGCUCAUUCUUAGUGUCAAAAACUCCCUCAACGUAUCGACGUCCCUCCACACCCACGGCAUGUUCCAGAACGGAACAGGAUAUUAUGACGGCGUGCCCGGUGUGGUGCAGUGCCCCAUUCAGCCUGGCCAGUCCUUCACCUAUCGCAUCCCCAUGCAGCAGCACGGCACCUACUGGAUCCAUGCCCACUACAAGGGCCAGUACGGCGAUGGCCUGCGCACUGCACUCAUCAUCAAACCCAAGGCCGCCGAGGUAUACAAAUAUGACCAGGAGUACACUGUUGUCCUCUCCGACUGGUACCACACUCCCCAUGACGACCUCAUGGUGUGGUUCAUGAGCCCUUACAAUCCCACCGGAUCCGAGCCCAUUCCAGACUCGACUUUGAUCAACGACAACUCGGACAACAGCACCUUCGCCAUCACCGCCGGCAAGACUUAUCGCUUCCGUCUGAUCAACGUGUCGCUCAUGCCAUCGAUGUUCAUUUCCAUCGACGGUCACAACAUGACCAUCAUCGAGGUCGAUGGUAUUGAUGUUCAGCCGUACACCGUGCAAUCGUUCGCCAUCACAACUGCCCAGCGAUACUCGAUCCUCGUCACGGCCCUCAACACCACCACCCAGAACUUCCAGUUCCACGCUGACACUGACCCCAGCAUGCUGGACUUUCCCGACAAGUGCACCAAGCCCAAUGCGACUGCCACGUUGAUCUACAACGCCACAGCUCCGACGGCCGUCAUGGAUCGUGUGCCCUGGAACAUGACCUUCAACGACAUGGAGCUGGUCCCGGUCGUCCCAGUCGCCGCGGUUGACCCUGACACAUCCUUUGAGCUGAAUGUUAUUCUCAAUGUUUUCGACGAUGCCUCCAACCACGCCACUUUCAACAAUAUUGUCUACGCUGCUCCUCCCGUCACUCCGGCUCUCUGGACUGCGCUGACCAUGGGCCCGCAGGCCACCGAUCCGACUGUCUACGGUCAGAACAGCCAUCCUCUGGUUCUGCAGCAUAACCAGAUGGUGCAGGUCGUGAUCAAUAACCUCGAUGUCAAGGGCCAUCCCUUCCAUCUCCACGGCCACGUCUUCCAGGUAGUCUUCCGCUCCACCGAGGCGGGGCAGUACUACAACUCCAGCAUCGUCAUCCCUCCUCAGCCCAACCCUGUCCGGCGCGACACAGUCAUUGUUCCUGGCACCGGCAGCGCCGUCUUGCGGUUCCGCGCCGACAAUCCUGGCAUCUGGUUGAUCCACUGCCACAUUGAAUGGCACUUCGAGGCAGGCUUGGCCGCCACUUUCAUCGAAGCCCCGCUCGAGAUUCAGUCCCGCAUCGCCGUUCCCCAGGAGCUCAGCAACUUUUGCACAAACAACGGCUUCAAGACCUCGGGCAACGCCAUGGGCAACAACGGCACGGACCUGACCGGCUACCAGCUCACGGCGCAACCCCUGAGCGGCAACUUUGAAACCAAGGGCAUCAUCUCGCUGGUCGUGACCAUCGUCGUUGCCUUGCUCGGACUCGGCACCGUCGUGUGGUUCGGCCACCAUCAGUAGGCAAGAUGGCUCACCAGCGAAAGGUCAACGAUCUUUCGUUUAUUCCCUCCAAAACACGACCAUGACUCAUCCGUUCGAAACAUGUCACGACUAUGAUAUCUUUCGCAGUUGCGCAAGACCGACUUGCCUCCCCCUAUCCUUCACUUGUAUAUCUAUGUACCCCUCUCACCCAAUGGAGCAUCAUUGGUUCAUGUUAUUCGUCUUCAAAAAAUGAACGUCAUAAUAUCGAGCUUUCGAAGGGAUGGCAUUUGUGUGAAACGAAAA